UUCUAUUUUCUUAUUCUCUUUGCGUAAAAUGUUUGAAAUAAAUAGUUUUUGUGUUAUCUUGAAAGUUGUGCUCUUAAAGAACAAAUUACUUCGCUUUCCCUGUAUGGGGUUUAAUUAAGACGUGCAUUGUUAUUUGCCCUUCUUCAGUUAUUAUAACAGUAUUUGACAUGGAUUCUCCGGACUUAAGCGACUGGGUCGCUGUUAAAGAUGAUUUAUUCAGUCACAACGAUAUUACAGACUUUCCUCGAUUUAUAUGUGGCUGGAAUAGUGACGAAUCGAAAAUUGCUAUAACGCUUCACGAAGGAUGUCGUAAAGCCAGUGACCAAUCGCAUAAAAAUAGAGCAUGUUUACUUAGUCCUAGGGAACUGUAUCACAUCCACAAACAAUUUUGUUUAAUUGAUGCCAAUUUAGUUGCAGACUUUCCCAGGGAAGUUAAACCAAACUAUGUGCCGUCCAAAAAGAAAUUUGACUAUCUUUCUUCUGCUGUAGAACAUUACUUGGAUGCAGCUGUCAAAGCAGUCGGCAAGAAAAUAGUUCUGGCUGUUGUGUUUGGAGAUGAAGAUCCAAUAAGUUGUUACGAAGAAAAUUUAACUGAAUUUAGGCAAAAAACGUUAGAGAACGCUCUUGAAAAAGCUUCCAAAGAAUUAGAAGAAAUUCUCCAGUUAAGAGAAAGAGCUGAAUCUUUGCUGCAAGUUUCAACAAUAUAUGCUCUGGAAGACCAAAUAAGCUCGAACAUUUUUGACUGUCUUGCAGAGCUGUAUAAUUUUCAACUGCAGCCAUUUCUGCAGCUCCGAGAAGUUUCGAGGAGUCGUAUGAAGGCAGCUAAGUUGAGGUUAAGUGAAGAAGUAGGUCCUGCUAUCAAAGAAAAGGCAGAAAAGGAGUUUUAUGAAUCUAAUGAAGAUAUUUUAAUUGCAGCUGAAGCCCUGCAGCAACUUUAUCAAGAGUAUUACCGGAAAACUCUUAACUUGGUCCUUGGACAGCGAGAUCGUAUGAUUUCCGACAAAAAGAAAUUUGGCAGAGUUGCUUUUGAACUUCAUGGUAUGCCAAGGUUGCUCAAAUUAGAGGUGCAGGUUUGUCAAGAAGAACUCAAGUUGCGCAACGCAUUGAAAGGCACAAAGGAAUUUCAGCGGGACAAAAUCAAGAAUCAAUUAGCUUAUUUGAACUACGAUGAGAGCACCAUGUAUGAAAUUCAGCGAAUUGAAGAGGAAGUUACACAAGCUCAAAUUGGUGUCCUUAAUUCCUGCCUUGACAUUCUAGAGGUUGAAGAACGGUUAUACAAAAGCCAGUUGGCUAUACUUAAUAAGGAAUUUAAAGAUAACCUUGAAAUUGGUGUGUUUUUUGAUGCUGUUGAGAAUCCAGAGGACUUAUCUGAAGUAGAUACUGAAUAUCCACAAAUGAAUCCCAAAGCAGCAAAAUUAAAAGAGAAACUCAACCGAAUUUAUCGUAAAAGGGCUAUUAUACGCAAUAAAAUUAAAUCAAUGCUUGCUGAUAUAAAAAAGAAGCAGGAAAAAAAAGUUGCUAUAAUUGAGCAGAAUCGUAAAGCAUCUACAAUGACACAGAAAAGAAAAGAAAUUAAAACCAAAGAAUUAUCAGAAGAUAAGCUAGCUUCUGAGAGGAAAAAGACUCUACAAAGACUUAAAGAGUACAGAAAAAAAGCACUACAUUUAGAAUCCAUGAAUCAAAGUGGUUUUGAAUCUGAUGACUCAACUUCUUCUCUACAAGAUUCUAAACACACUCAGCCCGAUUCAUCGAAAAAAAAGCCACCCAAAACAGUGAAAAAUGUGCCUAGGAAAAAUAGUAAAGUCUCUGAAACUAGAAGUUCAAAGACGGAUGACGUUGGUUCAAGUCUACCUCCAGCACCACCACCACCUCCUCUUCCUCCUACAACUUUGCCUUUAAUUCCACCUUCUUCGCUUCCCUCUGUGCCUUCAGCUUUACCACCUCCCCCACCACCCCCUCCUCCUCCUCCACCACCUCCCCCUUCUCUUUCUCCUCCUCUUCCACCACCACCGCCGCCACCGCCCUCAUCACAGCCCUCUGCCAACAAACAGAACCAAGUGCCUUCUUCAACUUGUGUUAAAUUGCCCGAAAAGUCCAACUUAGAAAUUACACAAGACGGCAUUGCUUCUCAGUUGAACAAGCUAAAGAAGCCUGUUUUGCAAGAAGUGAAAAAUGUCAAUUCUGCACAGCCUUUUAAUCUUGAAGAAAUUCUGUCCAUCAGAAGUAAACUGAAAGCUCCUGUUAUAGGAAAGAAACCAGAUAGAGGAAAUGGCGGCACAGAUUUCACUUCUCUUCUGCAAGCAACUAUGAAACGUAUUCGUGUCAUUACUGAAGACUCUGACGUGGAAAGUGAUAGUGAUUCAAUGGAGGAUUGAUGAAAUAAUACAAAAAAAAAAAAAUUGUUUUAUGAAAAGCUUUAAUAAUGUUGCCUUAUACUCUAUGAUCUGAUUUUUUUCUUGUAUUUUGAACAGGAAUAUUAUUAAAACAUUUGAAAGGUUUUUGAAUGAGAUUUAUAUUAACUGCGGUACUUAUUGGAAUUUGUUCAUAUUCUUAUAAGAUUAAGAAUUUUCGGUUGCUAAAAAAUUAUGUAUAUUCUUGAUAAUUGAAAAGGUUGUUUUUAAAACCUAAUUCAACAAAAGUUAGCACAUAAAGGUAAAAGUAUGUGUUGCACAAUUCUUACAAAGAUGAUGAAGCUUUAAAAUUUGUUUUUGUUUAUACAUAAAAUUAAGGACCAUAUCAUGGAUUUAACCUGUGAUAACUGCAAUAA